CUCUGAAGUUGUGGAGGGUAUAUUGAUGAAGUUGCAGUCAUGGAGCCGUGGAGACAGUGCGCUCAGUGGCUGAUCCACUGCAAGGUUUUGCCUCUCAACCACCGGGUGACAUGGGACACCGCUCAGGUCUUCGACCUGGCGCAGACCCUGCGGGAUGGCGUACUGCUGUGCCAACUUCUCAACAACCUCCAGCCACUGUCCAUCAACCUCAAGGAGAUAAAUCUGAGGCCACAGAUGUCACAGUUCCUUUGCUUGAAGAACAUCCGCACAUUCCUCACUGCGUGUUGCGAAACAUUUGGAAUGCGAAAAAGUGAACUUUUUGAAGCAUUUGACCUUUUUGAUGUCCGUGAUUUUGCAAAGGUUAUUGAGACUUUAUCAAAGUUGUCCCACACAUUAAUAGCACAAACUACUGGGAUAAGGCCGUUCCCAACUGAGGAAAGUGUGGCCGAUGAAGAUGUCUACAAGACCUUAGCCGACCUAUUAGAUGAAACUGGAGUGGAUGAAGACGAUGAACUAUAUGACUGUGUAUAUGGUGAGGAUGAAGGUGGUGAAGUGUACGAAGAUCUAAUGAAAGCAGAAGCAGCACAACCCCCUAAGCUGACAGAAACUGACAUCCGGAGCUGCUGCCUAUUAGAAAUAAAACAAACAGAAGAAAAAUACACAGAAACUCUGGAGUCUAUAGAGAAAUAUUUUAUGUGUCCGCUGAGAAGAUUUUUAUCUGCUGCAGAUAUUGAAACAGUUUUCAUCAACGUUGAGGCACUAGUUAAAGUCCACAAAGCCCUGAUGGUGGAUAUCAGAAAUGCAAUUAUAACUAAAAAUGACCAGAAUCUCUUUCAAAUAUUCAUUGACUAUAAAGAAAGGUUGCUUAUUUACGGUGAGUACUGCAGUCACGUGGAAAGAGCAAUAAAAUCUUUGGAUGAUAUCAGUAAAUCAAGGGAAGAUGUCCGAUUGAAGUUAGAGGAAUGUGCCAAGAGAGCAAACAAUGGGAAAUUUACAUUGCGAGAUCUUCUGGUUGUACCUAUGCAACGAGUUCUGAAAUAUCACUUACUGCUUCAGGAACUGAUGAAGCACACCACUGAUCAGCAAGAGAAGGCUAAUUUGCGUUUAGCACUAGAUGCUAUGAAGGACUUGGCUCAAUAUGUUAAUGAAGUUAAGAGAGACAACGAGACUCUUCGGGAGAUUAGCCAAUUUCAGCAUUGCAUUGAAAAUUUGAACCAGUCUCUUUCAAUCUACGGAAGACCAAAAGUGGAUGGUGAGAUACGGGUCACUACAUUAGACAAACGCACACGCCAGGAAAGGCACAUAUUUCUAUUUGACAAAGCUGUGAUUGUUUGCAAAAGAAGAGGUGACAACUAUGAAAUGAAGGAAAUCAUUGAUCUGAAUAAUUAUAAAAUCACCGAUAACCCAACAACUGAUAAAGAAAAUAAGAAGUGGUCACAUGGAUUCUACCUCACUCACCUCCAUGGCCAGAAUGGGUUUGAAUUCUUUUGUAAAACAAAAGACUUGAAGAAAAAGUGGCUUGAGCAGUUUGAGAUGGCCCUGUCGAACAUUAGGCCUGACAAUGCGAAUAGCAAUCACCAUGAUUUCAAGAUUCACACCUUUGAACGAAUCACAUCUUGCAAGGCCUGCUGCAUGCUGUUGAGGGGAGUGUUUUAUCAAGGUUAUUUGUGUUCUAAAUGUGGUGCUGGAACACACAAAGAAUGCUUGGGCAGACUUGGGAGCUGUGGGAAGUCGACGGCAGAUUCUGCAACACAUAAACAUGGGCAUAGGAUUAAUGGACACAAAAGGCACAACAGGCAUCUAGAUCCAGGAUUACCAAAGAUGCAAGUUAUCAGAAGGUAUAAUGGGGUACCUCAGCCUCCUCAGUAUGCUGGCCCCCCAUUAAACAUUCAGAUGGGGGAUAUCAUUGAAGUUGUGCGAGCAGAGGCACACUACUCAUGGUGGGAGGGUAAAAAUCUCACAACAAAGGAAGUUGGCUUCUUUCCAAGUGAUUCAGUGAAGCCUCUGCCAUGUGUUCCAAAACCCACAGAUUACUCUGGAUAUCCAUGGUAUGCAGGAAUAAUGGAGCGGCCGCAGGCAGAAAAUGACCUCGCGGACCGAGGCAACAGCACUUUCCUUAUACGGCACAGGGUGAAGGAAACUGGAGAAUAUGCAAUAAGUAUUAAAUAUAAUAAUGAAGUCAAACACAUCAAGAUUAUAUCCAGAGAUAACUGUUUUCACAUUGCAGAAAAUAAGAGAUUCAGAAGUUUAAUUGAACUUGUAGAAUAUUAUAAAUAUCAUUCUCUAAAAGAGGGAUUUAGAAGUUUGGAUACAACACUUCAGUAUCCAUAUAAAGAACCUGAAAACACCACAAUUGCAAGAAAUCACAGAUCGGGGAGUCAUUUAUUUAGUCCAAAAGUGAUUGGAAUAGCAAUUGCACAGUAUGACUUCUCUGCAAGAGACAUGAGGGAACUAUCCCUUCAGGAGGGAGACACGGUGAAGAUAUACAGCAAAACUGGUGCAAAUGGCUGGUGGCGGGGAGAGGUGAAUGACAGGGUCGGUUGGUUUCCCUCUACGUAUGUGGAAGAGGAGGAAGACUGUUUAACAAACUGACCAUUUGCUGCUGAAGAGGAAUUUCAGGGAUUGUUAAACUAACGUUACUGUAAAGGCAUCAAUGGCAUAAAUGUUUUUGAAGACAAAAAUCAGCAUUCCUAAUUAUCCAAGCCACAAGCCUAACUGUGGGAUUUCUUCACAAGUUUGAAUUGGCAGAUUAAUGGCUUGCCUGGAGCUUUGCAAGAAAUAACCUGUCAGUUUGCUGCCUUCAGAGACCAGCUUUAAGCCAGUACUUUGCUUUCCCAAAGGAACAAAAUACAAAGAGCAUCUUGCCCUCUCUGUUAUCUCAGUGCUCAACGAAUACAAGCUUUUGGCGAGUGUUUAAAAACAUUUUGUUUGUCAGUAUGUGUUCUGUUAGCUUGUUAAUGAAUGCUGGAAAAUAAGCACCACUUGUCCAAUUGUAAAAUAGAUUUGAUUCCUACUCUGUUCAGAUGUAUGAUUGUUGCGUAUAAUUUUUAAUUCAGGAAGAUUACCUCAAUUUUGUGAUCAAGAAUGUGGCCAUUGUAUAAUAUUCUGCAAAUAGAGCCACAUUACCAGGGUGUUGUUCAAAACAUUUAGGGGUGAAAUUCCACCUGGGUCUAGACUCUCUCCAUUUUCUUAGUAUUUCAGAACAUUUAGCAAGUUGCUGAGUUCAGUCUUAAUUUUGAAGCCAGUUUUCUGUAGUUCUUAAUGGAAUCUAUAGAAUACCAACUUCAAAAUGUAAGAACUUUCCAAAUUCUGGAGGCUCCUUUGAAAUGAUAAGGAAAUAGAGUAAAUCUAGAUCCAGAUGUAAUAUCUCCCCUUUCAUUGCUCUUUGUACAGAUAUAGCUGGAGUGUGUUAUUUUACAAUGCAAAAAGGGAUUUCUCAAGAUGGUCACAAAAUAUGUUUCCUGCACUCACAAAAUAAGUCUCACUAUAUUACACAGAAAUCCUUUAUAGAUCAUAUUUUGUAUUUUUUUUCAAAUUUUGUUUUUAUUCGAAAAUAAUUGUUAAUAAUUGUGAAUACACACAAAAGCCUGAGCAUUCUACAAUGUGAAUAGCAACAACAAAAAAUGAUCACAUCAAGUUUUCUCCUUUGUGUAAUAUACUCACUUAGUUACAAUUGUUGUUCCUACAAAUGUAAAUACACUAGAUUAAAUACAAGAUGAAAUGUACUAUUUUGUUUGUUCGAAUUACUAAACGAAGUCCACAAAAUAUAUUCCUCUGUCAGACUCAACUUAAAUAUUUAAU